AUGAGUCCGAACAUAUCCAAUCUUGACCUAGUCAACGAAUGCGACAACUUUCCUUACUACCAAACCGAUCCAAAGCUCUUCUUCGCCCACAUCAACACUUACUAUGCUCUCUAUGUGAAAGACUACCCAGAAGCAGAGCUUGGAUACAUCCUACCUUCAGUCGCGGAGGUUUUUAGAGGCUUGCCGGAUUGGAAGAUCAGCGAUGAGGAUCGGAGCUUGACGCUGGUGACUGGCACAACGGAACAGGAGAGGAGCAAAGUGGUGGAAGCUACGAUACGUGCAAUGCAUGCAACUGGUCACUUCAAGGUGCUGUCAAAGUGGAGGGAUGAGCUAUAUCCAGUGUACGGACCCAAGGGAGAAUUGCUGUUCAGCAUGGAACGAUCCGCAAGUGCAUUAUUCGGCAUCGUCACGUACGGGUGCCACAUGACUGCAUAUGUCAAGAGCAAGACAGAUGAGGGAAAAGAGGGGAUCAAGAUCUGGGUCCCAAAACGUGCUGUGAGUAAGCAGACAUACGGAGGGAUGCUGGACAACACCGUGGCAGGCGGCAUCGCGACAGGCGAGUCACCAUUCGAGAGCUUGGUUCGAGAAUCUGCUGAAGAAGCCAGCCUGCCCGAGGACAUUGUGCGGGAGAAUGCCAAAGCUGUGGGAACAGUCACAUACUUCCACAUUCGUGACGCGAGAGCCGGAGGUGAGACAAAGCUGCUGCAACCGGAAUGCCAGUACGUUUACGACCUGGAGCUGGCAGAAGACGUGGUGCCAAAACCUUCCGACGACGAAGUUGAGAGCUUCGAGUUGAUGGCGGUGGAGGAUGUGAAGGAGGCGAUGAGAGAUGGCAAGUUCAAGCCCAACUGCGCGCUUGUGCUGCUGGAUUUCUUCAUCAGGCAUGGCUAUGUCACGAUGGAAACGGACCCGGGGUAUAUUGAGAUUGUGUCACGGCUUCAUCGAAGGUUGGACUUCCCAACGUGCUGA